CUAUUAAUCGUCAGGAUCUUGAGAUUUGAGAUCUAAUAAUGGAGUCAUUUAUAUUAGAUUGGGAAAUUUGUUCCCACAUAAGGAAGUUUGGUGACUAAAGUGACAUAAAGUAAAACGCUGAGGGCUUAUCUGAUUUUUGUGUCGUGCUGAGAAGUGAGAACCAGAGGGGCUGAGGUUAAUUACCGUGAAACCCUUUGGCCACCCAUGGCUGGCUGAUAAUAUAAAAGGAGGGCCGGGAGCAGCUUGGAGAACACAGAGAGGAAACACCGAAAAACCAAGUGAGGAUAAACACUUCUCCCUUUUUCCACCCUCUUCCAUUUUUUUUCUCAGCAACCAAGCAAUCGAUUUUCCUUCAAGUUCAUCCCUUUUCCCCCCUUCCCCAAUUCUCUGUAUCCCUUUCUGUCAGUCGUCUGUCUCUCCAAGCGUUAAAAAGGUUUUCUCAAAGCUUUUAACUUUUGAUUGCCAGGUGAUUUCACAGAAUUGAGAUCCAGUAUCAAGUUCUUUUUCUUUUUGUUCGAUUUGUAGCUUUGUUUUCAGCUAAGAGGGUCGAUUUUUGGUUCCCUCUGUAGUUGGGUUUAAUCUUUUUUUUCUUCUUCUUCUUCUUCACUUCCCCUGUUUUCCAUUCCAUUUCUCUGUUUUUUUUUUAGCUUUUUAAAACAGGCAUGGCGGCAGCUAUAGAUAUGUACAAUAGCAGCACCAGCAUAGCUUCUUCUUCAUCUGAUUUUUCAGAUCCUUGUAGUGGAGAGCUGAUGAAAGCACUUGAACCUUUUAUGAAAAGUGCUUCUCCAUCUCCAUCUCCAUCUCCUUCCCCAUCUUAUUCUUCUUUUUACCCUAAUAAUUAUUCCCCUGAAUCUGAUUCGAGCUCUACCCAAUUUAUUUCACAAGGGUACUCGAUGUACAACCCCCAAGUCUCCUUCCCUUCUUCUUCCCUAGGUCUAAACCAGAUUACCCAGUCCCAAAUGCUCCAGAUCCAGGCUCAGCUCCAGCUCCAGCAGGCGAAUCUGGCCGCAUCACUCCAUACCCAGAGGUUCAGCAGCUUUCUGGCCCCGAAGCCCGUCCCGAUGAAGCAAUCCGCCGCCGCGGUGGUGGCUUCAUCGAAGCCGGUGAAGCUUUACAGGGGAGUGAGGCAGCGCCACUGGGGGAAAUGGGUCGCCGAGAUCAGGCUACCCAAGAACCGAACCAGGCUCUGGUUGGGCACCUUCGACACCGCUGAGGAAGCUGCUCUGGCUUACGACAAGGCAGCUUAUAAGCUGAGAGGCGAUUUCGCCCGGCUCAAUUUCCCAAACCUCCGCCACCAGGGAGCCCACGUCUCCGGCGAAUUCGGCGAGUACAAGCCCCUCCAUUCCUCUGUCGAAGCCAAGCUCCAGGCGAUUUGCCAGGACUUGAAACAGGGGAAAACAGGGGAGCCGGGUUCCAAGCGGGCUAAGAAGGCGAAACCCGCCGUCGAUGCCCCCGUGGUUCCGUUGAUGAAAGUGGAGGAAUCGUCGGUGAGCGAGGAGGAAUCUUCUUCGAAGGCGGAGAGCCAGUGCACCGGAUCUUCGUCUUCGUCUUCUUCCCCUGAAUCGGAUAUGUCGUUCUUGGACUUCUCGGAGACGGAUUCGAGCUGGGAAAUGGCGGAGAAUUUCGGUUUGGAGAAGUUCCCUUCUGUGGAGAUCGAUUGGGCUGCGAUCUGAAGAGUUUAUUUGCUAUGUAAUUUUUAGUUUACCCUUUUUAUGCUUUUUCUUUUUCGGUUUAGGUCAGCUCAGCAGCUAUCUGCAAUGGAGUUUUUGACAGUUGCAGAGGAGCGCUGAGACUACAUAGGAAGAUGAAGAUCUGGUCCAAGUUGGGUCAAUUUUUUUUCACCUGCUUGUGGCCUUGAGAAGAUUUGAGGGUCUAUCUUCCCUCUCUUCUCCAUUAGUAGUUUUUUUUUUCCACUUUUUACUUUGUUAGGGUUUGAGGGUCAUAGCUUGGUAAUUUUUAUCACCAGCUUUGAUCAUUCUUCUUUUACUUUGUAUCCUUUGGGGGCUUCUGCUAUUGUAGCUUUGUAAUUAUUAUGAUGAUUAUUAUUAAGCUGUGUUUGUUUGUAGUCUUUAAUUAUCUUCUAUAAUUUGUGUUUCUGACUGCUUUCAAAAUAAUUCGAGUUGUUUUCA